AUGGCUGCACUGAGUGGUCGUCACACAAAGAAACGAACAUACCCGCCUGAAGUGAAAGCGCAAACCGUCAAGCAAGACACCUCUGCUGGAAGACCGAUCCGGCGACCACCUCCAACCCGGCCUGCACCAGAACGGACAGGUAAGCGGCAGGAUUCUGAGGAACACACCCGGCUCCCGAUCAAGCACGAUAAAAUACAGCAGCAACACUGGAAAAUCCAGCGAGAUCCACGAAAUAACACACAGACACAUCUUGCUCUGAUGCCUGCUCAGAAGGACACCUGCCCCCUGCUAACAAGACACAGCAGAACAGGCAUCGGGUAA